CAGCAUUUGCGUCUGCUAAACCAAUCUGGCAUUUCCGAUAGUCAUCGUCGAAGGACACGAGAUAUAAAAAGCUCUUCUCUCACUGACUCUCUAACGUUUGUACAGAAUCCACCGACAAAUCCCCUUUCGCUAUUCUGACAUUCCUUUCGGUGUACGAGAACGAGCUUUCCAAAAUGAGGGUUGUCUUCGCAAGCACACUCUUAGCCACUCUGGCCGCCGCCCAGUACCCCCCCAAUUUCAUCGAUUUCAAUGGUGGGGAGACCACUGGUGUUGGGGGGUUCCUGCAGACGCUGUUGGGCGGACUGAAACCGCCGGUCGAGGUCGACGCCUCCGGAGGCUCAGGUCAAUACAAGGCCGGAUGGUACGAAGACCCCAGCCUCGCUAACCACACGAUCUACGCGCCAAAGGAGCCGCCAGCGGAUGCCAAGUUUCCCCUCAUCGUGUGGGGCAACGGCGGCUGCCUCGCCCUGGGUCAGACGCACGGCAUUCUUCUAACAGAGAUUGCGUCGCACGGGUACGUCGUUAUUGCCAACGGACGGUCAGGGAACGACGAGGUCACGUUCUCCACGAGCACCGACAUCUUCGAUGGCAUCAAUUGGGCGGCCGAGGCGGCCCAGAGCGGGACGCUUCAGGUAGACGUCACGAAGGUCGCGUCCUCCGGCCAGUCGUGCGGCGGCAUGCAAGCGUACACCGCCACGCAGGAUCCGCGUGUCAAGACCACCGUGAUCUUUAACAGCGGGCUGCUGGGCGAUGCGGCGGACCUGCGGGGCCAGCUUGCCGCGACACUGAAAACCCCGAUUAUCUACUUCCUCGGUGGCAGCCGCGACAUCGCGUACCGGAAUGGACUCGCGGAUUUCAACGCCCUCACGGCUGCGCCGGCGGUGCUGCUCAGUCAGAACGUCGGGCACCAGGGCACGAUGUCGCAACCAAAUGGCGGUAAAUGGGCGGUUCAGGCCGUCGAGUGGUUGAACUGGCACCUCAAGGGUGAUGACAGCGUCAAGGCGAAGUUCACGACUAAGGGUGGAUUGCCGGAUUACGCGGAGCAUCAGUUCAAGAACUGGGCGUAA